GGUCCCACAGAUUUAAAGCAUCGUUGUAAUUGCAGUUGCUUGAAACAAACCCCUUGUUUUUCUCAAUAUAUUGGUAAUUUGCAAUUGAUUGGAAAUGGAAGCACUUUGUGCCACCUUGGAACCAAUGUUUCCCUGCCGGGAGGCGGCUAUUUCCACCUUGGGUGAGCUCAUAGGCGAUGCAAGAGAGGCUUAUCCCUCGGCCAUAUACUUGUUUGGACACAGUGGCACAGGGAAAACGGCUCUAACCCGGACGCUUCUCAAGGAAUGCGACAAACGACAGGGUGUCCGGACUGCCCAUCUGAAUGCCAUUGAGUGCUACACCACCAAGAUCAUGCUGGAGAUCGUGCUGGACUCACUUACGUCGCCACAUAAAGAAGGCUCGAUAAAGGCUGACAACAUGGUGGAGUUUGUGGAGCAGCUGCGACAACAAGAUGCUCCGGGCUUCCUCAUCGCCGUGGAUAAUGCAGAACGGCUGCGCGAUAUGGAUGCCAAUGUGCUGCCCGUACUCCUGCGGUUACAGCAGCUCACCGGCCUCAAUCUAUGCGUGAUCCUCCUAUCCCAGCUACCAUUUGAGAAGUUCUAUAACAAGACGGGUCUGAGCGAAGUCAUCAGCCUGCACUUGCCCCAAUACAACAAGGCGGAGACGCAGCGCAUUCUAGGCUCGGACUUUGUGAAGGUCCGCGAACACUUACUGGAGCAGUUGUCCAAGGACCAGCGGCGCCUGGAGAUUUGCGAGGCAGCCAUGACCGAGGAUUUCUACAACAAUUACUUGAAUCUCUUUCUCAGCGUCUUUUAUAAGGCCUGUCGAGAUCUCCCGGAGCUGCAGCUUACGGCCAGAAAGUGCUUUGCCGUUUACCUUGAACCCGUUCUGGACGGUGCAGUGGAGGCCAGUGACAUCUCUCGAUUGUGGCGACACAUAGCAGGUCCCUUGAGAGCGGCCCUCACCCAAAUCUAUAUGCGUAUAGAGAAACCACUGGAGGAGUGUGCCGAGAGCUCUGCUCCCAUAGAGGAUCAGAGUGUGCGAAAGCUGGCGCAGUCGCUGGAGCUGCCCUACUACGCUAAAUUCCUGCUGAUCGCUGCCUUUCUGGCCAGUCACAACGCCGCCAACCAGGACAAGCGGCUCUUUGUCAAGCACCACGGCAAGCAACGUAAGCGGAUGCAGACGGUCAACGCCAGAGCCAAGACAACAGAGAAAAUGUCCACCACCUUGGGACCCAAAUCCUUUAGCAUUGACCGCCUGCUUGCCAUUUUCUACGCCAUUUUGGAGGAGAAAGUCGGCCUGACCUGCAAUCUUCUCUCCCAGAUCUCAACGCUGGUCCACCUCAAGCUGCUCAGCUUUGUGUGCGGUGAGCAGAAUAUCAUGGAUGGCUCCGCUCGCUUGCAGUGCACCGUGGGUCUGGAGUUUGUACUUCAGAUUGGUAAAGUGGUUGGUUUUAAUGUGCGCCAAUAUCUGUGCGAUUUCAUGUAGCUGUUUGUUUCUCAUUUUUUAAAUAUAUUUAACAAAUAGUCUGGUA